CGCUGCAGCAACGGCCGCCGCUUGGCGCAGUUCGCACCCACCCGGGCGCGGCUCCCCCGGCUGCCCGCUGCCGUCCGUCCCUCCCCCGCUCCAUCCCUCCAUCCAGCCACCGUCCGUCCCUCCUCGGCCGGCGCCGGCUCCCGCCGGGCCUCGCUCGAGUCUCAGACUAUGAACUACGUGGGGCAGCUUGCAGGACAAGUCCUGGUUACUGUGAAGGAGCUGUACAAAGGCAUUAAUCAGGCAACCCUGUCGGGCUGCAUCGAUGUCAUCGUGGUCCGGCAGCAGGAUGGGACAUUCCAGUGUUCCCCUUUCCACGUCCGCUUCGGGAAGCUUGGUGUACUGCGCUCGAAAGAGAAAGUGAUUGAUAUAGAAAUUAAUGGCGAUGCUGUUGAUCUGCAUAUGAAAUUGGGUGACAACGGAGAAGCUUUCUUUGUGCAAGAAACCGAGGAGGAAAAUGAAAAAGUUCCUGCUUAUUUGGCAACAUCUCCAAUACCCACUGAAGAUCAGUUUUUUAAAGACACUGACAGUCAUUUGAAAUCAGGAGAAAAUGAGAGGACAUGUGCAAACUCAGAAAUUCCACAUUCUGGAGAAACAGAGACUGUAUUCACCCCAGGUUCUGUGAAAAAGAAAAAAAGAAGAAGAAAGAAAUACAAACAAGAUAGCAGGAAAGAAGACCAGAUCUCUUCUGCUGGGACUGAAGACAUUUUUGAAAUGGAAAUAAGCUCAGAUGAUGAGAAAAGUGUACAGCCCCUAAGAGGAUCCUCAAAUUCAUCACCAAAGGGUGAAGAACAAAAAGAAUCUUUGAUUUAUCAUUCAAAAGACCAUUACCCGUUAUCUGAUGGAGACUGGUCCCCUCUGGAGAACCCUUUCUCUGAGCAAGUCUGCCCUAAAAGUGAUUCAGAACUAGAAGUUAAGCCUGCUGAGAGCUUGCUCAGAUCUGAAUCUCACAUGGAAUGGACAUGGGGAGGAUUCCCGGAGUCAACCAAGAUAAGCAAGAAGGAAAAACUGGAACAUUGCAGAACAGCUACCAUUACUCCAUCAGAGAAGACUCAUUUUAGGGUUAUCCUCAGCUCUGAUGAAGUUGAAGAUGACGAUGAUGUGAAAGAUUCUGUCUGUACAGUACUGAAACCUGAGCCAAGAACUCAUCCGCUCCUAAAGCAGAUGGAUGUUAAAGACUCUCUUGCUUCUGCAAUCAUAGAACCUCAACUUCCAUUGCCAAUGGAUGGUGAUCAUCAGUCCAGAAUAUUGAUGGAUCCUUUACCAGAAACAAAACCAACAGCAAAAACUGACUCUCCUUCAAAAAAGAAAGGCGUGCACAAGCGAAGUCAUCACCAAGGCCCUGAUGAUAUUUACUUGGAUGACCUAAAGGCUUUGGAACCUGAAGUUGCAGCGCUCUAUUUUCCUAAAAGUGAUUCUGAUCCUGGCUUCAGGCAGUGGGCAGAGUCAGAUACCCUUUCUGGUUCCCAGUCACCGCAGUCAGUGGGAAGUGCUGCUGCUGAUAGUGGUACAGAGUGCAUGUCUGAUUCUGCUAUGGACUUGCCUGAUGUUACACUUUCACUUUGUGGAGGUCUCAAUGAAAAUGGAGAGAUUUCUAAAGAAAAAUUCAUGGAACAUAUUAUUACUUAUCAUGAAUUUGCUGAAAAUCCUGGACUCAUAGACAAUCCUAAUUUGGUAAUACGGAUUUAUAACAGGUAUUAUAACUGGGCAUUGGCUGCUCCGAUGAUUCUGAGUUUGCAGGUGUUUCAGAAGAGUUUACCUAAGGCUACUGUUGAGUCUUGGGUCAAAGAAAAGAUGCCAAAGAAGUCUGGAAGGUGGUGGUUCUGGCGCAAGAAAGAAAGCAUGACUAAGCAGAUACCAGAGGCAAAAGAGGGGAAAACUGAGACGCAAAGAGCAAAUGAACUGCCAGCAACUAUAAAAGAGCAAGUUAAUAGUAGGCCUCCAGAGGAUGAUUCUUCUAGUGAUGAAGCAUCCCAGGAGUUGAAGGAAUCCCUGAAAAUGGAUUCUGCCCCAGCAGAACAUCCACCCCAUGGGAACGUUCCAUCUUAUAAGAAGUCACUUAGACUGUCUUCAGACCAGAUAGCAAAGUUGAAGCUCAGAGAUGGCCCUAAUGAUGUUGUAUUUAGUAUUACGACCCAGUACCAAGGGACUUGCCGUUGUGCAGGGACAAUAUACCUCUGGAACUGGAAUGAUAAAAUCAUCAUAUCAGACAUUGAUGGAACAAUCACCAAGUCUGAUGCUUUGGGGCAUAUCCUCCCUCAGUUUGGCAAGGACUGGACUCAUCAAGGCAUUGCAAAACUCUAUCAUUCCAUAAACGAAAAUGGCUACAAGUUCCUGUACUGUUCUGCCCGUGCCAUUGGGAUGGCAGAUAUCACCAGAGGAUACCUGCACUGGGUGAAUGACAAAGGAACAAUUCUCCCCAGGGGCCCUCUCAUGCUGUCCCCCAGCAGUUUGUUUUCUGCCUUUCAUAGGGAAGUCAUAGAAAAGAAGCCUGAAAAGUUCAAAAUUGAAUGUUUGAAUGAUAUCAAGAAUUUGUUUGCUCCCAGCAAACAGCCUUUCUAUGCUGCUUUUGGAAACAGGCCCAAUGAUGUAUAUGCCUACAUGCAAGUGGGAGUUCCAGACUGCAGGAUAUUUACUGUGAAUCCAAAGGGUGAACUGAUCCAAGAACAGACUAAGGGAAACAAGUCUUCGUAUUACAGACUAAGCGAGCUUGUGGAAUAUGUGUUCCCAUUGAUUAAUAAAGAACAGAAUUCUGCAUUUCCGUGCCCAGAAUUCAGCUCUUUCUGCUACUGGAGGGAGCCUCUUCCUGACCUUAACAUGGAUGACCUGGCCUGAAAAGUACUUCUCACCAGGAGAUGGAAUUUCAUACUAAGCUACUCAACUUCAGUUUAAUGUGAAGAACUUUCUUAAUGAGGAUGCUAAUUUAUAUAUUGGUACCGUAAGUCUUACUAAAGAAAUCAUUUUAAUUUCAUUGGUUUAAAACAAAGAAAAUGCAAAGCUACUGUCUUUCUUUUUUUUUUUUGUGGGAGGGUGUGUUGGUUUUUGUGUUUGUUUGUUUAUUGUUUGUUAUUGUAUACCUGUUCUAUGGCACUUGAGAUUGGCCUGUCAUUGAUGGUCAUGGUACCCAAGUGCUUCAGGGCAACUAAAUACUGAGGUAAAAUAUGACUUUGCAUUUUCAUUAAUACAGACCUUAUUGUAAACACAGAUUAUUCUUUUUAUGUUGUCUUAAGUAUAUUUUCUAAAAUGAAGCCAAAAAGUGUAUGGAAACUGCCAAAUAGAAUGUCAGACCUAUUAAUGAAAAAUGUGGUUUAAUGUUCAGGUGGGCAUUUAGGCCAUUUUUGAAAGGAGCCAGAGCCUAAGACCACUGUGCUCUUUCUCAGCUAGAAUACAGAAAAUGUACAGACCUUGCUAGCCUGGCAGAUUCUGAAGACAUAAAAUUCCUCUUUAAAUGUAAAUAUGCCUUUUGUUACAUGUACAAGACUGGGCUUGUACAAAUCACACUCGAACUAACUCUGCUUAUUACUUUUUUUUUUUACACACAAUGUUAAAACUACUUCAUGAGCUUGUAAAAAUGAAAGUUGUCUUCAGACACUUGUAUGGCUUUUGUUAUUUUCAGGCUGUGCUGUGUCAUGUUAAAUUUUCAUCAAGAAAAAUCUUGGAACGUUUCUGUAAGAGUUGGGGAACUGGCAUUUUUUAUUUCCUUUUUCAGCACAGAUAUAAUGUGUAUGUGUGUGUAUGCUGUGUAGGCCAGUAAAACGUGUAUGUAUAGAUUAUAUUCAGGGAAUUGCAAUACUAAAAAAUAAUUAUGUAUUUAAUUUUUUAAUUGCCUACUGCAGGUCUUUCCAGACUUCUGUAUUGCAGGUUUUCAGUAGCUGGAAGAAAAUGCAACUCAGUAGUGAGGUUCCAGCUGUGAGAAUGGUUAAAUGCUGCAGAGCAGAAUAAAACUUUUUUUUCCUUUUUUUUUUUCCUUUUUUUUUUUCCUUUUUUUU